UCCAGCAGGACUGAUUUCUCUGGCCUGGGCUUGGAGAUCAGAUGCAGUCCCUGGAAGAAGAAUUCCUGCUGCACCGCAAACACAAGCCAGGAAGCUCACAAGGACAUUUCCUACCUGUACCGAUUCAACUGGGACCACUGUGGAAAGAUGCCAUCGAAAUGCAAACGACACUUUAUCCAAGACACCUGCCUCUACGAGUGUUCUCCUAACUUGGGACCUUGGACCCAGCAGGUGGACCAGAGCUGGCGCAAAGAACGAAUCCUUGAUGUUCCCCUGUGCAGAGAGGACUGUCAGCAAUGGUGGGAGGACUGCCGCGCCUCUCUCACCUGCAAGAGCAACUGGCACUAGGGGUGGAACUGGACCUCCGGGUAUAACCAGUGCCCUGUAGGGGUCUCCUGCCAACCCUUCACCUUCUAUUUCCCUACACCUGCUACUCUGUGUGAGGAACUCUGGAGCCACUCCUACAAACUCAGCAACUACAGCCGAGGGAGCGGCCGCUGCAUCCAGAUGUGGUUCGACCCAGCCCAAGGCAACCCUAACGAGGAGGUGGCGAGGUUCUAUGCUGAGGCUAUGGGUGGAGCUGAGCUUCACAGGGCCUGGCCACUAGUGUGCAGCCUGUCCUUGAUGCUGCUCUGGGUGUUCGGCUGAGUCGUUCCUCUUCUGAUGUCUGGGGAGCUCUCUGCCUGGCUCAGCCUCUCACCUCCUAGCCUUCUUUGUGGUGGG